UGGUGGUAUCCUCCUAAACAGAGAUCUCUUAAGAUCACUCUGUUUGACCGUGUGAAAGAUCAAGUACAUUCCUUGGAAAUUGGAUCAAUUUACUAUCUUCAAAAUGUUCGAUUCAAGGUCACUAAUGGUCGAGGACAAGCCCGUUGUGGACAGAGAGGCAAUGACCUCAAUCUCAUACGCAAACUAUCAGAGAACCACCCCGACGUCUUGAAUUUGAAGAGACGCAAGAGAGAAUUCUGCCAUGUUGACAUUCCCAAGCCGCAAAAGGAACCAGUUUCGGCUCCACAGCUCGCUAUCCGGUCGAUAACUACGAAUAAGGCUCCAGAGAUGGGUGCUAAAUUGCCACAAACGACCAAAGAGGCCGAUUCCAUGGACAAUGUUGCGGUCGAUCCACCAUCCCUAAAAACCCAGGAUGCUAUGAGCUAUACGAUGGAUUACGUUUCUGUUCCCAUCACGACAGAAGAAUAUCCACCUUUCCCUAUAGUAUAUGGGGACAUUGAACCAGCCGAUACUAUAGAAUGCGCCAAACCCAACAGACAUGAGCUUAUGUCAUUGGAAGAAAUCAAAACAUGUGGCAUAGUACCUGCUCUUUUUCGAUUCCGGGGGAGGAUCGUGAAGGUUACCCCGUCUGAUCUCACCAAAGCUACCAAGCCUUUCU